UUUACAUGCCUCAUUCUUCUCUCAUCCUCUAUUCUCUUCUCUUCUCUUCUCUUCUUAUCUGAAAAAAAAAGAGUAAGUCCUCUGAGAUCUCUUUAGGAGACCUCGGUGAAAGCAAUGAGGACGCCAUCGUCGCCACCUUUGGUCCUUGGAGCCAUGGCGUUUUUGGCCUUGGCCUUCGUCGCGACCGCCGAAGACCCUUACCGGUACUUCACCUGGACAGUAACUCAUGGACCAAUCUCCCCUCUCGGCGUCCAGCAGCAGGGGAUUCUCAUUAACGGGCAGUUCCCUGGGCCUCGUAUCGACUGCGUCACCAACGACAACAUGAUCGUCGAUGUUAUCAAUAAGAUCGACGAGCCUAUACUCAUAACUUGGAAUGGGAUCAAACAGAGGAAGAACUCGUGGCAAGAUGGAGUUCUGGGGACCAACUGCCCCAUACCUCCUGGUUCAAACUAUACAUAUAAGUUUCAAACCAAGGACCAGAUUGGAAGCUUCACCUACUUUCUCUCCACCGGAAUGCAGCGGGCUGCCGGUGGCUUCGGUGCUCUGAAUGUCUACCAGAGGCCGCAGAUCCCGGUGCCAUAUGCGAAGCCUGAUGGCGAUUUCUCCCUGCUCGUCGGCGACUGGUACAAGGCCGGCCACAAGGCAUUGCAGCAGACUUUGGAUUCAGGGAGAUCACUGCCUUUCCCUGACGGGCUUCUCAUUAACGGCGCCCAGCAGUUCACUUCCUUCUCUGGGGAUCAAAGAAAGACAUACCUCUUUAGGGUCUCCAAUGUGGGCUUGAUGACCUCGAUCAACUUCAGGAUCCAGGGCCACCAAAUGAAGCUCGUUGAGGUCGAAGGUUCCCACACACUUCAGAACAUCUACGAUUCCCUCGACAUCCAUGUCGGCCAAUCGCUGGCGGUCUUGGUUACCUUGGAUCAGCCCCCCAAGGACUACUACAUCGUCACCUCGACUCGAUUCACCAGAAGGGUGUUAACUGCAACUGGAGUACUGCAUUACAGCAACUCAAACUCCCCUCCAUCUGGACCACUUCCGCCACCUCUCCGCAAUCCUCACAUCUCUAUGCGGCAAGCCAGAACCAUUAGGUGGAAUCUCACAGCUAGUGCAGCCAGGCCUAAUCCUCAGGGAUCAUACCAUUACGGUACCAUAACGAGGACAAGGUCACUCGUCUUGAAGAAUUCGGCCCCUCUGAUCAAUGGAAAGCAGCGCUACGCUGUCAAUGGCGUUUCCUUUGUUGUUCCUGAUACGCCUCUGAAGCUCGCCGACAACUUCAAUAUUCCUGGUAUCUUCACCUGGGAUAGCAUCCCUAUUCCGGCCCCUGAAGGCUCUGCUGUACUGGGUACCCCGGUCAUGAGGUUUAAUCUUCAUGACUUCAUUGAAAUCGUCUUCCAAAACACUGAAGAUUCCAUGCAAUCAUGGCAUCUUGAUGGCUAUGACUUCUGGGUUGUUGGAUAUGGUGCUGGGAACUGGACAGAGAAGUUCAGAAGACGAUAUAACUUAAUUGAUGCUGUCACCAGACAUACAGUUCAGGUUUAUCCAAAGGGAUGGUCUGCAAUCUUUGUGUCUUUGGAUAACCAAGGCAUGUGGAACCUAAGAUCUGCAAUGUGGGGGAGGCAGUACCUGGGGCAGCAAUUUUACAACAGAGUAUGGACCUUAGAGAAAAGCUUCUCCAAUGAGUACGACAUCCCUUCAAAUGCCCUGCGCUGUGGGAAGGCCGUAGGUUUUCGCUGAUACUGAGAUCAAUUGAACAGCUUUCGUACUUUACUUUCUGUGUGACUGCAAAGAAAAACAAUGGCAGUGUUGCUGGAAGUAGCAUUGUGUUGCAUUUUUUCCUCAAAAAAGAAAAUUUCUUAGAUUUUUGCUUCUGUUACCCUCAUUUCAUCUUUUUAAUGUAUCAAACAGAAUAAUUGUUAUAUAUCUGUUCUUUAGAAUUAAAUUUAAUUUACAUAGGCAAA